GAGAGGGAAGCGAAGCGAGCGGGGUAGCUCGCUGCCACCUCAACAUGGAGUAGCCGGAGCCGAGCGGUUUUUAAAGCCGAAGAGCGGAUUCCGUGGACGGGAACACCCGGCGUCGUCUCGUUUAGUUCACCCUCCGGAACCCACGCAAAUGAUACAGCGGCCAUUUGUUCGCAAAGUCGACGAAAAGCCCGGCUUUUAUUUGAAAGAUGGCGAACGACUCCCCAGCUAAAAGUCUAGUAGACAUCGACUUGGCUUCAUUGCGGGACCCAGCUGGGAUAUUUGAGCUGGUGGAGGUGGUUGGAAAUGGCACCUAUGGACAAGUAUACAAGGGACGCCAUGUCAAGACUGGACAGCUGGCUGCCAUCAAGGUCAUGGACGUCACAGAGGAUGAAGAGGAGGAAAUUAAACUGGAGAUUAAUAUGCUCAAGAAGUAUUCCCACCACAGAAACAUAGCCACGUAUUAUGGUGCUUUCAUUAAAAAGAGCCCCCCAGGACACGAUGACCAACUCUGGCUGGUGAUGGAGUUCUGCGGCGCCGGUUCCAUCACAGAUCUGGUGAAGAACACCAAGGGGAACCAGUUAAAGGAAGACUGGAUCGCCUACAUCUCCAGAGAGAUCCUCAGAGGUCUGUCACAUUUACACGCCCACCACGUGAUUCACCGCGACAUAAAAGGCCAGAACGUCCUGCUGACGGAGAACGCCGAAGUCAAACUGGUGGACUUCGGCGUGAGCGCCCAGCUGGAUCGGACCGUGGGGAGGAGGAACACCUUCAUCGGGACUCCAUAUUGGAUGGCUCCCGAGGUCAUUGCUUGUGACGAGAACCCGGAUGCCACGUAUGACUACAGAAGUGAUCUGUGGUCGUGUGGCAUCACGGCGAUUGAAAUGGCCGAAGGAGCACCACCUCUCUGCGACAUGCACCCCAUGCGUGCGCUCUUCCUCAUUCCAAGAAACCCUCCUCCGAGGCUCAAAUCCAAAAAAUGGUCAAAGAAGUUCUUUAGUUUCAUAGAGAACUGUCUGGUGAAGAACUACACCCAGCGCCCGCCCACGGACCAGCUGCUGAAGCACCCCUUCAUUCGGGACCAGCCCAACGAGCGGCAAGUUCGCAUCCAGCUCAAAGACCACAUCGACCGGACCAAGAAGAAGAGGGGAGAGAAGGAUGAGACGGAGUACGAGUACAGCGGCAGCGAGGAUGAAGAAGAGGACCCCCCGGAGCAGGAAGGAGAGCCCAGCUCUAUCGUCAACGUGCCAGGCGAGUCGACGCUGCGCCGCGACUUCAUCCGCCUGCAGCAGGAGAACAAGGAGCGGUCAGAGGCACUGCGUCACCAGCAGCUCCUCCAGGAGCAGCAGCUCCGAGAGCAGGAGGAGUACAAGCGCCAACUGCUGGCCGAGAGGCAGAAACGCAUCGAGCAACAGAAGGAGCAGAGGAGGCGGCUAGAAGAGCAACAGAGACGUGAGCGGGAGAUGAGGAGGCAACAAGAGCGCGAGCAGCGUCGCCGCGAGCAAGAGGAGAAGAGGCGCGUGGAGGAGAUGGAUCGCAGACGUAAAGAGGAGGAGGAGCGCCGGCGGGCCGAAGACGAGAAGAGGAGGAACGAUCGAGAGCAGGAGUACAUCAGACGCCAGCUGGAGGAGGAGCAGCGACACCUGGAGAAGCUGCAGGAGCAGCUGCUCCGUGAGCAGGCCAUGCUGCUGGAGUUCAAGUGGCGGGAGCUCGAGGAGCAGCGCAAAGCUGAGCGGCUCCACAAGCGGCUGCAGCAGGAGCAGGCCUACCUGCUGUCGCUGCAGCACGAGUCCAAACAGCAGCCUGGUGACAAGACCAAAGUGUCCUCAGACCAGAGCAAACCUCCAAAGACCUCCACCCUCCCCCCUGACAGAACCCGCACAUCCUCCCCUCAAGCUCAGGUUGUUGCCUCGGAUGUUUCCGAGUCGUCUCCUCCGAUCGCCCCCGCAGAGAGCACGAAGCCCCAAACAGCAGUCCAAGAGAAGACUGAUGAGACCAUCCCACACUCCCCCACACCCAGCCCCCCCACGGACUCUGAACCUCCCCAGGCAGAGAGUCUGGAGCCUGAUAGGCCCACGGAGCCCGUCAGAGAGGCCGACGAGCGCUUCCGUAAGAACAUCCUGGGCUCCCCUCAAACCGCCCCUCCACCCAAGCAGCCCCCGCUGCCUCCCCGCUCCUCUGAACCCUUCUCCAACGGGGGGUCCUCAUCCGAGGCGUCCGCCAUGCACCGACCCAUGGAACCCCAGGUCCAGUGGUCACACCUGGCUGCUCUAAAGAGCAGUAACAGCGCCGCCCCCUCUCCUCCUCCGCCCGUCGUCUCCCGCUCCCAGUCCUUCAGCGAGUCCGGCGGCGUGAGCUCGGGCUUUGCGCAGCUCCACCUGCGUUCCCAGGACCCCCACCAACACCACGCACGCCCUGACCCCCAACCCCAGCCUCCCCUCCACCACCCUCAGCCUCAGACCCGCCUUGAACGCCAAGCCACCAGUGAGGAGGUCCCACCGAAGGUACCAGUGAGGACAACGUCCAGGUCUCCGGUUCUGUCCCGUCGGGAGUCCCCCCUGCCGUCACAGCCCAGCAGCCAGAGAAACGCCGCCGGUAACGUGGAGCAGCGCCCCCUGUGGGACAGAGUGGAGAAGCUGCAGUCCCGGCCCGGCAGCGGCAGUUCUUCGGGCUCCACCUCCAGCCCCCAGGCCAGUCCUGCCGACCGCUUCAGGCCUCGUUGUGAGUCCCCCGCUUCCUCUAAAUCUGAAGGAUCGCCGUUCCAGCGCCCUGAGAACGUGGCCAGAAGAGCAGAGGAGAAGAACGUGUCCAGGCCCACCCGACCAGCUGACCUGACGGCUCUGGCCAAGGAGCUGCGAGCCGUGGAUGACGUGCGGCCUCCUCACAAGGUGACGGACUACUCCUCGUCAAGCGAGGACUCUGGCACCACCGACGAGGAGGACGAGGAGGAGGUGGACCAGGAGGCAGGAGAGGAGUCCACCUCGGGAGCUGAAGACUCCAGAGCGGGGAAGCUGAGCAACGGAGAGACGGAUUCUGCAAAGACCAUGCUGGUGGAGGACUCCGAGAGCGAGCAGGCCUCCACGCCCUCCAAGGACGGCACCCUGGUCAUCAGACAGAGCGCGGCCGACAUAAAGCGGCUGCUCGGUCUGUCCUCGCCCGGUUCUGGCCUCCCAGAGAAAAACGGCCUUCCGGGCCGCAUUCACCACCUGCCGGACCUCAUCCAGCAGAGCCACCGCUCCCCUUCCUCAUCCGCAGCCAUCCUUUCCUCCAUCACCACCUCCUCCUCCUCCUUCCCCUCCUCAUCGUCCACCCAGCCCAGUCCUGCCAUGUCCUCACAGAUCCCUCUGGACGAGCUCGCUCCGCUGGAGUCCCAGUCAGAGAGCAACUCCAUGUCCAAACACAAGUCCUCCUCGUCGUUCACGCCCUUCAUCGACCCGCGCCUCCUGCAGAUCUCUCCAUCCAGCGGCAGCUCCCUCAACAACAUGGCAGCGUUCGGGCAGGAAGGACGGCUCGUGGACCCGCUCAGGUCUGACCCCUCCCGCAAAGGCUCGGUGGUCAACGUCAACCCAGUCAACACGCGGCCCCCCAGCGACACGCCGGAGAUCCGCAAGUACAAGAAGAGGUUCAACUCUGAGAUCCUGUGUGCAGCUCUGUGGGGAGUGAAUCUGCUGGUGGGGACGGAGAGCGGCCUGAUGCUGCUGGACCGCAGCGGUCAGGGGAAGGUCUACCCCCUGAUCAGUCGGCGGCGCAUCCAGCAGAUGGACGUCCUGGAGGGACUCAACGUCCUGGUCACCAUAUCAGGUAAGAAGAACAAGCUGCGGGUUUAUUACCUGUCGUGGCUCCGAAACAAGAUUUUGCACAACGACCCGGAGGUGGAGAAGAAGCAGGGCUGGGUGAACGUGGGCGACCUGGAGGGUUGCGUCCACUAUAAAGUCGUGAAGUACGAGAGGAUUAAGUUCUUGGUGCUGGCCUUGAAGAACGCGGUGGAGGUUUACGCCUGGGCGCCCAAACCCUACCACAAGUUCAUGGCCUUCAAAUCUUUUGGUGAGCUGGUGCACAAACCGCUGCUGGUCGACCUGACGGUGGAAGAAGGCCAAAGGUUAAAGGUCAUCUACGGCUCCUCCUCAGGCUUCCACGCUGUGGACGUGGACUCGGGCGCCGUCUACGACAUCUACCUGCCCACACAUAUCCAGACCAGCAUCCAGUGCCACGCCAUCAUCAUCCUCCCCAACACCGACGGGAUCGAGCUGCUGGUGUGCUACGAGGACGAGGGCGUCUACGUGAACACGUACGGCCGGAUCACGAAGGACGUGGUGCUGCAGUGGGGAGAAAUGCCGACUUCAGUGGCCUACAUUAGGUCCAACCAGAUAAUGGGCUGGGGCGAGAAGGCCAUCGAGAUCCGCUCGGUGGAGACGGGACAUCUGGACGGUGUCUUCAUGCACAAGAGAGCCCAGAGACUCAAGUUCCUUUGUGAGCGGAACGACAAGGUCUUCUUUGCCUCUGUGCGUCAGGGGGGUGCCAGCCAGGUGUACUUCAUGACCCUGGGGCGCUCGUCCCUGAUGAGCUGGUAGACGACGAGACGGUCCUGUCCAAGAGAACGGCCUCGAGCCGACCAGCCCCCGACCGGACUGUAACCACGAAAACAAGUCAAGGAUGGACUGAGACACGUUCAGCUUCUCGCCCUUUGAGACCCCCCCCCCUCCCCCGGGGCGCGGCGCCUGUUCAUCUUUUGUGUCGUAGUAAAAAAUAAAAGGCGUUGCGUCCUGUAUGUGAAUAACAAAGUGUCUGUCUGAACGGCUCGUCGCCUCACCGUGCGUUUUAGUCCCGAUUCAGGUUUCCACGUCCAGCGACAACGCUUAGUUCACGCCCCCCCCUCCCCCGAUCGGUGCUUGACCUGUAAAUCUUCACUUCUUCUGCCUUCACCUCCUUAAAGAGUCUGUUAAACGCAGGCUGUGGACGUCCUGACGGACGCAGGUUAUCCUGCAGUCUUCGCCUCGCCUGCUGUAAGUUUCGAGCAGAAGCCCCGCCCACCCCCACCGAUGACGGCAUGACCUUCGUGUUCGAAACUGAACGAAACCCCAGAAUUUUAUUACGA